GACAUUUCUAAUAACACCUUCACCACAACAGGAGAAAACGUGCAAUAGAAUGUGAAUAAAUAUUUGCGUUUUAGUAAAAAAUGUUUGUUUUUUAAUUAGUAAGCAGGACAGUUGCGAAACAUUGUAUCCAUAUAAAUCAAAGGGAAAAAAUCCUCUAUUUUCCCUGCACGAUUAGCUGCAUUUUUCGAUACAAACAGAAGUAGCAAUACAUCGAUUUAUCCUGUCCUACAUUUUUACGCUCCGCGGUUAUUUCACAUUUUUCGCGAAAUCGUCUGGCAAACUGGGAAUUUUCAAACACCAGCAAAAAACAGGGCAUCCAUCUUUACAGCAUUUGAAUUAGCGAAACCCGAGGGAGAAGAGGAAGGGAAAAGGAGGAGCGGACAUUGUGUUCACUGACCACCGACCGACACUGAAAUAUCGGCCCAGGUCGCAGCACAUCCCUUCGUCCACUCGAAACGUCGGUGGUUUUCAUAAUAUUUAUCAGGGAUCUGACGUGAAAUAUAUAAUUAAUGGGGAGCGACGGGGAAAUAUACAGCCAAGAACUGUCGAAGAUGUCUGACGAGGACUUGCUCGCCUGUUCCAAAGAGGAGCUUGUCAGUCGACUUCGCAAAGAGGAGUCCGAUAAGAUAUCAGCUCUGAUCCAGCGUGGUCGGCUGAUCAAAGAGGUCAACAAGCAGUUACAGGGACAUCUUCUGGAAAUCCGUGAGCUGAAAGUGAUCAACCAGCGCCUUCAGGAAGAGAACCAAGAACUGCGUGACUUGUGCUGCUUUCUGGAUGACGACCGGCUGAAGGUGAAGAAGCUGGCCCGGGAAUGGCAGUUGUUUGGACACCACGCCGCCAAAGUGAUGCGUGAGGAUCUAGGUGGAUACCUCAAGAAGCUUUCCGACCUUGAGCGGCUGCAAGACGGCCUGGUGAAAGAGAACUUGGACCUCAAGGAACUAUGCUUAGUGCUGGAGGAGGAAUGUGUCAGCAGGAGCGAUUCCAGCCCCGGAGGCUCCACAGAGCUGAAUUUACCCUGCAUGGUCGCACGAGACUUGGGUGACGGCAGCUCCAGUACUGGGAGUGUUGGUAGCCCAGAUCAGCUGCAUCUGGUUUGCUCACCUGAUGACUAAAGUCCUGGAAAAUAAAUCCGAAUCGGGAAAUUAGUGGAAGAUUUUAUGCCAACUCCAAAAAAAUGCAGGUCUCUUUCAUACAGUAAUCAUUUUAGAUCAUAGACUUCAGUUUUUUGUGAUAUAAUGGCUUCCUGAAGACGUUUGUUUCUUUGGGCAUUUGGACUUGACAAAUAAUUAAGCCCCAUAAAGUUUAAAGAGGACAAUGUUAAGAAAUAACAAUUGAUUGGUAUCUGAAUCAAACUGGGCAGAGCAGUGGCUACUAAAAAAGGCUACCCUGGCUGGGGUUAGUGGAUAUGCCUUCAGUAACAGACUUUUUAAAAAUCCUAAUGUGAAUGAUUGCUGAUGCAAAUUUGUUAAUUUGUUAUAUGGGGGGGGGGGUCUUUUAAUGGGGUUGUAUAAAAGUUUGUGAAGGGGGGUUACAUAAAGGGUGGGAAUCAGAUUAAAAAGUUUGCUUUAUAAAGGCGUUAUAAACCAUAAUACCGAACUAGAGCAGGUUUAAUUGCUUGUACUGCACUGUCUUGAUUAGACUAUACUGGACUAUCAUGCACUGUAAUAGACAAAGCCAGACAGCGGGAUCGUACUGGAUUAAAAUGUUUUAAAUCUGCUGAAAGCCAGGCUGUGGAUGUUUACAAGAGGGCAAAGUCAGGAGGAACUGAAGCAGAUUAUCCUGGGAAUACAGGCAUCAAAUCCCACAUGUACAGAAGGCGUGUUCGCCAUGCACAUGUGGUGGGAUAAGACAGAAUGAAAUCUCCUCACCAUUGAAAGUCUACGCUGUGAAACGCUGUUUGCACUGCGUCUUGAAUGCGCUCCUGUCAUCCGGUGGCCAAGUGGCAAGAAAAGAUCGCCUUUUCCAGGGUACAUCCCUCUCUUGGUUGGAAUAUUGAAUGGAGUGUAACCAUAGUAAUUUGCAUUAUGCAUUGUAGUGAAUGAACUGAUGCAGCAUGAUGUUGGUCUAAGCUCAGCUGUUACACCCACGUUGCACUGAAUACCUAUACAAUGCUUUUACGGUGCAAUAGCGCACAUUUGUGCUAAACCAUGCUUUGUAGUUGUAAAAUGGAACUGGAAGAGUGUAAUGCACAAACACUGGGAAUCUCUGGAUGCAACUGAUGUCGCAGUGACAAUUAUUCUGUGCUCAUUUGUUGUUUUUAAGAGCACUGCUAAGUGUUAAUUACUAUUGUUAGAUUAACAUUAUUAUUAUUGCUACUACUAAUAUUACUGCUACUACAACUAUUGGUAUGACCUUUGUUGUGCUACUUUUGUGUUCCCAUUUAGGUUAUUCUUGGGUCUAUUUUAUGACUUGGUGUUGUUUUGUGUUCAAGUCUUUUACAAGAUAUUCACCCCCCAUCAGUAUUAUUUGAAUGAUUUUAUUUUCGUUUUUAGAGACUCCGCUUUUGGGGGGGGGGGGGGGGGGGCAGUCUGACAUGGCUGUAUCGCUGGCUUCUGCUUAUGGGCACCGAUGAUGGCAAUGGGAAGAGCUUUAAAUACAGUGACAGUCACACUACAUUCUCACGUGGUCUUUGUGUCAUGAUUGGUCGCCCGCCAGGAUGAAAGCAUGUAGAGAUGUGCUUUAUGGUUGAUUGCAGUUUAACUCCUGCCUGAGUGCUAGGGGGACGUUACGCCUAGAGCAGGCCUGAUGCAGGUCAGUGUCUCAGAUUCUCAGCUUCCCUCUGGGAAUUAAUAGUGUUCUUUUUAUUCCUCAUUUACCAUCCCUUUUCAGAUAGGAAUGGUUAUUCAUCUUCUAGCUAAAUCUCUUCUCCAGUGGUGCAGGUUCCUUAAAUGCAUCCAAAGUUAAUCCAGGUCUUAUGGACCAGGGUCACUUCAUUUACAGAGAGAAACAGGAAAGUUUGUAUCCGGAGCCUGAAGUCACAUUAAUUAAUUCCAGCAUUAUCCUCCUCUUCUUCCCUCCUCCUCUUCUUCCCUCCUUCUCUUCUUCUCGCCCUCUGUUAAUACCAUCCGCUUUCUGCUUUUUGCUCCUGUCUUUCCUGAUCUCAGCAGUGUCUCCCAUCUACAGACACCACCCAGAAACCCCCACCCUGCUUACAUCUUUAGCCUUUAUUCUCCUUUUCACUUGGGGUGCUGCUGACAGAGAUGGAAAGUUCAGGUCUGGAAAGCAGAAAUCCAGACCAAGGGUUUGAUUCCACCAACCAGUUGAGUAUAAUAAGAAGUCAACUGGCUGCUUGAAGCAAAAUUUCAGUUUGGAUUUUUAAUCCCUGGACCUGAACUAGGGGGCAGCAUGGCAGUCCAGUGGUUAGCAGUGUCCCUGACGCCUCUGGGACCAGGGUUCAAGUCUCCACUAGGUUUCCAUGUGUGUGGAGUUUGGAUGUUCUUCCUAUGUCAAUGUGGGGUUUCCUCCAGGUUCUCCAGUGUCCCCCCACAGUCUAAAAACAUGCUGAGACUAAUUGGAGUUACAGAAGUGCCCAUAGGUGUGGCUGGUGUGUGAGUGACUGGUGUGUGAGUGACUGGUGUGUGAGUGUGCCCUGCGAUGGGCUGGCCCCCCAUCCUAGAUUGUCCCCCACCUUCUACCUGUAGUAUCCAGGAUAGGCUCCAGACCCCCCUUAUCCUGAAUAGAACAAGCUGUUACAGAAAAUGGAUGGAUGGACCUGAAGUAUCCACCUCUGAACUGCUGCAUAUCUGCUUUGAUCUGCAACACAUUUAUUCAGCUAAAUAUUUUCCAAAGCUAUCAACGCUGUACAGUAUGCAGUAUAGUGAGGGUGACAUACUCCGUAAUUAAAAUAUGGGUCAUAGGCCCGGUUCCAGUUUACUGAGAGAUAUGGACUCUUGACUCGUGUAGGUUAUUGAUCUAUACAUUCCUCCUGUCGCUUGUAACCACACCCUCUCAAACCCCACCCACAUCUGCUGCAUUUCCUCCUCUUUUUGUGUCUCUCCUACCUUCUCCACUAUAUCCAGUUCGGUGUAUGAAAAAGUAUGUUUAACAGUUACUAUGACCCUACACUGGGAGAGUGGUUAUGAAAGAUGAAUGAAUGGAUGUUUACUGGAGAUGAGGAGAAUGGAUCGCGUGUGUUUCUCUGUGAAUUCCACAGUGCACUCAGGACAUCCAGAAAGGAAGUUGCAAGCUGACAAACUCCUUUUUCCUCAGAACAUCCCUGCUUGUUGCCUUCAAGAAUAACAGUAUCACCGUGAAAUUGCUGGUUUUAAAUUGCCUUGAAGCCUUUAAGGGUAACGUUAUACCAAACAUUAAAAUAAAUUUCAAUAUAGAGAGAUUAACUAGAUGCCAUAUUUUUGUAGAAAUGGUAUUGCAUGUGUGUGCACUGACAGCCUUAAGGGAUGCGUUGCUUUAAAUAGACAUCAUACUCCCAGGAUGCACAGACAGAGUUAUUCUCAGCUUCUUUAAUUUGCCCUUUACAAGUGAAAUACUCUCAGUCAUGUGUGCACAUGCAUUACCUCCAUAUCUCAGUCAAAUGAAAAAUAAAUAAUACAAAGUAAAAUGCUCUCAUGUAAAGGUCCUGCCCCAGAACAUUUUGAUUCAAUCUCUUAAAAAAAUCAGGAACAUUCUCUGGAACUUUCUUGUAUAUUACGACAAUGUGUAAGUUAAUAUGUUAAUAUGCAAAAUUGAGCAAUAUGCUACUUUUUUUCAGACAACAACCUAAGAGAGAAAACACUCUCAUGUUGACCGUCGUGCUUCUGUUAUUUGAGAUUUCUGUGAAAAUGCACGGCAUUUUGCAUAUUAUUUACCUUUCACAUGAUGAGUUUUUCCAUGUCCUCCAUUCUUAAUACAAAACCAGCUAAACUUCUACAUAACUUCUGCUUUCUUGCACAAAUGCUAUCAAUCGCUUUUCAUUUUCCCAUCACAGCUUAGAAAUUACACUCUACUUAAAAUACUGUCCUAUGUAUUGUAGUGCUAUAACUUAAAGAAUAAGGCUAAAUGAAGUUAAUAACUUCUAAUAACUAUAACUAAAGGAUUGCAUAUGCCAGAUGUACUUAACAUGCAUUGUAAUAUCCCCGUAUGAUGACUGGGCAGAACGACGUCGCUGUCCUUUUUAUAAUUAAUAUAUUAGUUAUUACUAGUAAAUAAUAUAACAUAAUAGCCAUUUCCAAACCUAGUAUAAACUGUUCUUUGUGAGCAAA